CAGGCGACUGAGGCGUACCCCGUGCCCAGUGGCGGUCGCGUCUAUAGUCGUCUCAGGCUCACAAGCCCGUCGGUCCUGCGCCCACUCGUGUUUGCGGGCCGCGCGCUCGGAGGGAUGUGGGCCGGAGCCGCGGGACUGAGGGGCUCCUGCGCGCGGCUGCAGACCCUGCGGGGCGGCCAUGGGGCCGCGCUUCUUUCCGGCGGCGCGCAGGCCCUGCACACCUCGGUCGUUUCCUGCGGCAGCAAGAACUUGCUCAAGAAAUUUGCCUCGAAAACCAGAAAGAAGUUUUGGUAUGAAGGUCCGUCCCUGGGGUCUCACUUGACUCAGAAACCAUCCAAGUUUGAGUUCCUCACGAAGAGCACCCUACGGAAGGCCAGGAAAGAAGACACCAUCCGUCUAAGAGCCCUGAACGGUCUUCUCUACAAAGCAGUGACGGAAUUGCUGUGCACUCCGGAAGUGAGCCAGGAGGUCUACGACCUGAAUGUGGAGGUCUCCAAGGUCUCUGUGACUUCAGACUUCUCAGCCUGCCGAGUGUACUGGAAGAUAGGUGUCUCUGCAGACCAGAACAGGCACACGGAGGCCGUCCUGCAGAGGAGUGCUGCCUACAUAAGACACCUUCUGAUGUCUCAGCAGACCCUGAGAAAUGUUCCACCCAUAGUGUUUAUUCAAGACAAAAAAGAUAUAGUUCUGGCUGAGGUAGAUCGCUUACUGGCAGUGGCUGACUUUGGACCCCCAGAGGAAAGGGACGACUUGGCACAAGACGGUUUGAGGAGUCCUGAAGGCCUGUCAUCACACGAUGCCCUGGAACCAGCCACACCCCCAAAUCUGUGCGGGAUUGACCACGAGGCCUUGACUAAGCAAAUAAUGGAGUACAAGCGCAAGAAGGAGAAAGGACUCCUUCCGUGUAUGAGCCUGGUGCAACCGUCAGGGCGGGAGCCGCUGCCUGACGUGACUCAUCUGCUGCGAAGGAGAAAGAAGACAUCAUCCCGCCGGCACUGGGACACUUCCCCCAGAAGCGUCAGUUUGGGUGAGGACGAGGAUGAGGACGAGGACAGCAGCAGCACAGAGUUUGAGUGCCAAGGCCACGAGGCAGAAGAGGAGUGGGAAGCAGAGGCUAGAAGUGAUGGGGUGCAGCAGGGGCUCCAUGGCCAAAGAGAACAGGGGCAGGGGUGAGGCCUUGGUGCUGGCUGCCCCUGCCCCUCAGAGUGUGGUCUGCACUUCAGAGACGGCUGGUGAAGGAGGUCUAGGCCAUUCUCAUGCUGUUUGUCAUUCAGCUAGCUGAGCAAUUCCUAUCCUCACUGGUUUUUCUUCAUCAUUCAUGUGUAACUAAAAUAAAUGACAUCCCUGAGAGACUCACAGAUGUGCUACAUCUUCCCUCACAGUCGCUGGCACAGGCAGCCCGGCCUCCGUAGCAGGAGAGUUAAGCGCAGAACCCCUAGGCCUGCACCUGCAGACCUCCACAGCCCAUUAUUAGUGCUUGGUCCCUGUCCCUGGAUGACUUCUCUUUAAUAAAGUAUCUUGUAUUUUUUGAGAA